AUGAGAAUCCUUUCCUUAGUUGCUGCUGGGCUCGUUCUUCUUGUUCAGCUUCACCCAGGCAGUGCCUCAUUCUACAGACAGCAUCUCUGUUCAAAGCUGGAUGGUCACUGUGCAAUUGACUGCCUUAUCUUUGAAGAAAAGAUCGGGGGCUGUCGGGCUGACUUAACACCGCUGUGCUGCAGAAAAAGAAAGAAACACUGAAUUCUCAGCACCAGCUCCCAGGCAGAAUCUCUCUACAAAGCUCUCCAGACUUUCUCGACACUAUGUCCCAUAAACCCUAUACACUCUG